ACUUUUGCUCUUCUGUGUUUUCUUUUCUUCACUCGUCAUUUCUUUUUGAAAUCCGAUAUUUUUUGUUUUUAGUGUUCUUCUCAUGUGAUUCUGAUUCUAGGGUUACUUUUAAAUUUGCUAUUUUUUGCUGCUUUUAUGUGUGUGUGUGUGUUGUUGUUGAUAAGAGUGGUUUGAUUUUGUAAUUAGGAGUCCUGAUUUAAGGGUUUAGAAAUGGUUGCAUGUUCGUUUGGAUUACUGGAUCUUAUCUGCAUAAAUCCCUAGUUUUUAGUUGAAAUGUCUGCAAAUUAACACUGUAAUUACUCUGAUUCUUUUUUUUUCCGGCUUGUGAAAGUUAUUUGAGAAAACCCGAAAAAUGGGGUUUUUUUUAGAGUUGGUGUUUGCUAUUUCAAUUAAAACUUCACAUCUUUGAUAUUUGUUUCAGUUUUGGUUGACAUUUUGUGUGAUGAUGAUCUCUCUGGUGUUGGUUUUGUGAUCCUCACUUGCAUUGUAUCUUUAUUGUUGCACAGGAAUAGUCUAGAGAGGUUUUUUUAAUCACUAAUUACUGCAGACAUCAAAGCUUCACAGAGAUGGAGAAGGAAGGGCAUGAGGAGAACAACCACACUGUCUCCGGAGAUUUAAUGGCCAAACGGAAACGAGGUCGUCCGAGGAAACACUUGAAGCUAGAAUCCAACGAGCAGUCUCUUGGUACUACUCCUCCAGGGCUUAGCAGGUCUCAGCAGCAGCUUCGUCAGAGGGAUGAUUAUGAAGCUAUGGUUGGACAACCGAUUACUGGUGUGAUUGAGGCAUCGUUUGAAGCCGGGUUCUUGCUUUCUGUCAAGGUUGGAAACUCGGAUAGCAUGCUUAGAGGUGUGGUGUUCAAGCCUGGUCAUUGCGAUCCUGUAUCGGUUGAUAACGACGUUGCUCCUGAUGUUCCUAUGAUAAGAAGAAACAGUGAUGUGAUGCAUCAUGACGGCUCAGCUAAACGAGGUCGUAAAUCUAGAUUCCGGGAGAGACGUGGUAGUGGUGUUAGAAACAGAACAUUGGUUCCUGUCCCGAUUCAGCCUGCUCAUCCAAAGAAUCACUUGGUUCCCGUCAUGCUUCAGCCUACCCAUCUACAGAAUGGUGGUGGGCGUGUCCCGGUCCACCACAGUCCCAUGCAGAACGAGAGUGGGUCUCAAGCAAGUGGAGCGAGUAACGGCAAGCCUUUUGAGACGCUGCUCACACAGGUGAUGAAUAAAGGUCCAGUCCAUCACACAGCACAGUCCAUUGAACCUGAGUCAGAUGAGCAGGCUCUGUCUAUUGAGCCAUUGCAGGCGAUACACCCGGUCCAUCCAGUACAUAUGCCGAAACCCAUGCAGAGUUACGGACGAGGCAAGAUGACAGAACUCCUUCAGGCUGUGCAGGAGAAUGUGAGAGAGACCCAUUUUCCUCAAGGCCAUUGAUCUCCUGAAGAUGAUUUCUUCUUGCAAACCCUUUAAGAGUUUAAAGUCUGAUUCAAUUUCAUUGUAAUCAGAAAUAGGAAAACAGAAUCUAACUAUUGUCUAGCUUAAAGAUAUCAGCAAAAUUACCGUGAUUCAUUAUAUAAAAAUGCUCAUUGCCUUUC